CGGUGGUGCCUUCACCUUCGACGAGGACUUCUAAACUUAUCGCCUCGUCGAUAACUAUACCCUUGAAUUUGCUUCCGUUCUUGUAUGUUCUCGGCUUAUUCCUAUACCACCACUCCGGCCAUGCACUUUUUCUUUUAUUAUGUCGAUGGAAACGCUUUGAUGGUUAGCACGGUAUAUGGCGUUUAUAUUGGGAUGGUUUUAUGGUAUUCUCCGGUUGCAUUCUUCUACGGCUGGUUCUCUGGGCUACACAGAGGGCAGCAGGGAAGUGGUCGGAUGGGUUGAUGUAUUUAUGGUUGAAUCAUAUGCGCUAUUCUUGUCAAGUACAUGUUGUCCGUGGCCGUAGACAUUUGCGCCUCUGCAUAGUGACGCAUGAGCUUGAACUGUCUAACCCGACAAGUCGAAUCCGCUUCUCGUUAAGAGGAAUCCCAUCUUCCCUUUGCCCCACACUCAGACCAACACGUAUGCAGAAGUUACUUGUCUGUAUGACGAGAUUAAUAGUAUACUUGAUAUCCGCCUUGUCAGCAGACAAGGUAAGACGGGAGCAGAAUGACUGGUGGAACUCUCUUGAGCGUUGAGCUUUGGAGUUUGCUGGAUAAUACGGCCUAGGUCUGAGGACUAGUGGGAAUGCAUACGACUUAUUUUCCACGUGCUGGACGGUGGGAUGAUUGUGUUGUGAUCAUUUCGAUCAAUUGAU